UAAACGUUUGACGUAGGCUGCACCUUGACGAAUGGGAAACUGAUGCGCACGCGGCCGCCGGGUUUGGCUUUAAAAACGCACCAGGAGCGAGGUAAACCUAUCAGACCUGCCAGAUUGCCCAACUUCAGGACUCAUCUUCUCCUCCUCUGCUCCUCCUCCUCUUCCAGAGCCCAAAAAGCGCUCCGACAUGAACGGCCUGUGCAGCGAUCCCGUGGAGGAGUUCAACCGUAACAAAGGCUUCGGCGACCUCAUCAUGGACUCCAAGAAGUCCGCCGUGCUCUGCAAGCACGAGACGUCUCGCAAAGAAGCCGAGGACAAGUCCCGCUUACCCACGCUGGAGGCUGCCUACACCAGCAUCCUGCGGGACCUCGGGGAGAACACGGACCGGCAGGGACUGCUGCGCACGCCGCUGCGCGCAGCCAAGGCCAUGCAGUUCCUCACCAAGGGCUACCACGAGACCAUCGAGGACAUCCUAAACAAUGCAAUAUUUGAUGAAGACCACGACGAAAUGGUGAUUGUGAAGGGCAUCGACAUGUUUUCACUGUGUGAGCAUCACCUGGUGCCAUUUUUUGGAAAGGUUCACAUCGGGUAUAUUCCCAACAAAAAAGUGGUGGGACUGAGCAAGCUUGCUAGGAUUGUGGAGAUCUUCAGUAGGAGGCUUCAAGUUCAAGAGCGUCUGACCAAGCAGAUUGCUGUGGGAAUAUCAGAGGCUCUUCAACCAAAGGGUGUGGCUGUAGUCAUUGAGGCAGCGCACAUGUGCAUGGUCAUGCGUGGUGUCCAGAAGAUGAACAGCCGCACAGUGACAAGCACCAUGUUGGGGAUUUACCUAGAAGACCCCAAAACCAGAGAGGAGUUCCUGACUCUUUCACAGACCCCAUAACCGAUAUCAUACACCAUUCACUCCCGAGCCUCUGUAGCACUACUGUAGCACACAGAAAGCUCUAGAGUAACAGUGGAUCUGCAUCUGACUUAAAUUUAAGAACACACAAACCAAUAGCAGGUCAAAACAAAGCUACUGUUUGAUGCAGAGUCCAAGCCAACUCUGAAGCUCACCUCAAUACACUGAAGCCUGAUAGAACUCAGUCCUGCUGCAGAACUCCAUCAUUUCAAAUCACUGUGAACAUCAUAGGAAAAAUGACUCACAUUCAUGGUGCCUUUGGUAGUCUUACAUAGCAAUAUUGUUGUUAUAAAGUGUUAAACUGAGUGCAAUAUUGCAACUUGACAAUACUUUUGAUGGGAAUUGAACUGGUGCUUUUCCUUGCUUUAUUAUUUAGCAUACAGAGUCUAAUAAUUGUAAUAAUUUAACAUUUAUAUUUACAUGUAUAAUGUCUUUGUAAAUUAUUACAUUUUUAAGAUUUGAAUGAAAUGAUAAUAUAUGUAAUUCCAAAGAGUAAAUGAAUAAAGUAUGGAAUAGACAAUUGGUUUUAUCAAUGAACGGUGUAUCAUGUAUGUCAAGGAUGAUUUGCCUGAAUAAAAACGUGCAAACAUUUUAAA